AUAUACAAGUGUUGCCAUAUUCGGCAGUGACUAAAUGUGUCACAAAUUGCAGUGAUUUUUCGCAAAUUUAGUAAUUUGUGGACAUUCUGGGAGGUUUCUGUGAUCCCCUGUUUGCAUUUGGGAGUGCAAAAAAGAGUCUUGUGGUGCACAUUUAUCCAGAAUCGGCGGAAAUUGCAUUGGAAGUGGUUAAAAUUGGUGAUUGUGGUGUUACCAGCUGUGAUGAGUCAGUGCUGAUGCCAUCUGCCUCCCAAGAUCCGGGACAGAAUACGUCUGUGGUGGGGCGGUGAUAGAUGGCAGUGGGAGCUCGUGACCCAAUUAUUCCGAUUCGGGAGUUUGGUCAAUUUUAGCUGCUUUUGUGGCUGCGAGAGAGCGAGAAGUUGUUUCCUGGCCAGCCCUGGAUAAUGUGCAUACCCCACCAUUGAGUGUUCCAUUCGCCCCGCUUGCCCGAGAAUGUGCUCCCCGAACUAGGAGGCGUCCGUGAGAAGAAUUGCAUUGCAUAAUCUCGUAAUCCAAGGCGCGACAUUUUGACGUGAGCGAGGUGUGCGCGAUAUGGCCGUGUUUUUGAUCAAUAUUUGCAAAUUCAAUGGAUGCGGGAUCACAUUUCCCAGCCUGGGUGAUCUCAUACAGCACAUCGAGGACACCCAUAUUGAUUACGAUCCAAAGGUGAUUGAACUGAAGGAGCAACAGCAGCCACCAUGCCUCCCACUGAGCUAUGUACUGCGCUUUAUAACGGAUGCUGCUCGCAAGGAGGCGACCUUCCUUGCAAAUCAGGGCGCGGAUAUAAAGCGGAAAUUGGCAACAAAGCACCACAGCUACAGCGCCUCAUCCUCAAAUCGCAGCAACACCCCCACGGGGAGUGAAAUGGAUGACGAAGAGAUGCUUGUAUCUGAAUCUGAGGAUAGCAAUGAUUCCUGGACAACGGAGGAGUUUAGUUCGGAAUUUAUUAUGAGAUAUGGAAGCCGGCAUUCCGGAAAUCAGGGUUCCAGCUCGUUGAACGAGAAGCCAUUCGCUUGUCCCGUGCCGGGCUGCAAGAAACGCUAUAAGAAUGUGAAUGGCAUAAAGUAUCAUUCAAAGAAUGGACACAAAAAAGACGGAAAGGUACGCAAGGGGUAUAAAUGCCACUGCGGUAAGAGCUACAAAACAUCACAGGGUCUCAAGAGUCACACGAUUUUGGCGCACAAUACGGCAAAUGUGGGUGCACAACCGCCGGGAUCUGUGUCACCAACGGGUAGCAAUUGCAGCAAUACGUCCGGGAGUAGCAAUUGCCAAAAUACAAAUAGUUCUGCGGGUGGUGCUACGGCAUCAGGGCAGCAGCAGCAGCAGCAGUCACAGCCAUUGAAUAGCAAUGGAUCCGUUCAAUUGUCACCCACAUCGCCACUUUCGAGUCUCUCAUCAGGUAGUGGUGGUAGCAAUGGGAGUAGUAGUACAUCGCUCAAGAAUAGUUUUGGUUUGAUAACAAUUAAAGCGAAACCCGGAUUAGUUGGGGUGACGAAUAAAUUGGUGAAAAUCGUUCCUGACGCACCCACCAGUAGUUCGGGUGAGAAGGCGGCCACAAAGGCAACCGCAGAUGGUCGAGGUUCCGGUGGGAAUGGGAAAAUGAAUUUACCCGGACUCGUGAAUUUGGGUAUACUCACACCAGCUACCUCACCAAAACCCCACACGCAGCUGCCCACGCAGUCCACGGUGACAAUGCCACAGCCAACGUCUGCCCCAAGUCAAUCGGUGAGUCAAACAUCCCCGGCAAAUGGGGCCACGGGGACGGCUGAGCUGCUCCCCUUGACGCCCAUCAGUCCCAAUAUGAGUGUCAAUUUCACAACUCCAGGUACCAGUAAAAGUACUUCAGAAGAUACGUAGCCUAUACUAAAAACGUUGCUUAUGCGAAAGAAAUAGUAGUUGAUGAAUUAUUUAUUUUUCACUCUCGCGCGUGUACAUAAAACUUGCAUUAUGUCGCGAUAUUUCACUUCACUUCACUUUCUUUCUUCCAAACGCCAGCCUCCCUUCCUCUUUGAAGGCGCGAAUGCAAAAAAAAAUCUUUUUUUUCUUUCACAAUCUUUAAUCGUCAUUUACAAAUAUUAUUAUUAUUAAAACACAAAUACUAUCACAAGUUCCAGAUUUAUAUUAAAAAAAAAAGAAACCACCAAAGAUAUCUUAGGAUAAAAUGAGUGAGGCUAUAUUUUGCAACAAAACAGUGCGUGGUAAGCAAUAUUCUAUGCAAUUUGGCUAAAAUCUCGUGCGCUAAUUUAGCAUAGAUAAUGCGCUUAUAAAUUUCAAUCAGUGAUGAUCAAUAUUUUUUUGUCUUUAAAGAAAUUUGAUAAAAAAUGUACUGGUAAGCUGACCAAGCUUACGGGAGCUGUGUUUCUUUCAGUGUACCAAUUUUGUGAGAGCAAACUAGAACGCAAAUUAAUUUAAAUACGCGCAAAGUCGGGAAAAGUUGAAAAGUCAUACCCUAAGAAAUCUUUGAAACGCCAUAUCUCGGGAACGGCUCCAUAGAUUUUCGAGUUUGAGCUAUCGUUGGAAAGGUCUUAACCUCAACUAUAACAUAUUAAAAUAUGAAGUAAAUCGAUAAUGGAAUUUUCGAAAUAUUCGAGUUCGAAAUUUUCGAAAACUUUGUUUUUGAUUUUAGCGCCUCUCGCGGUCAUUUCUCGAACUUGCAAUGUUCUAGACAUUUGUAAGGUUUCACGAAACCUUUCAUUUGCACUUGAGUUGAUCAAAAUCGGACUUGUAGAACCCGAGAUAUGACAUGCCAACUUUGGAAGGCUAUAUCUCGAGAACGGUGACAUAGAUUUUCUUCAUUUUUGGCAUGGAGCUAGAUAAUAUAGUCAGCUAUAACAUAUCAAAAAAUGAAGCAAAUCGAUAAUGGCGUUUUCGAGAUAUUCAUCGAAAACUCAUCGAAAAUUUUGUUUUUAAUUUUUGGCCCCCUAGCGGUCACUUUUGAAACUUUCGAUGUUCUAGAGAGUUGUAGGGUUUGUUGAGAUCUUUAAUUUGAGCCCGGGUUGAUCGAAAUCGGUCAAGCCGUUUUCGAGUUAUGGUCGAUUUUCGAUGAAAAAUUGUGGCGGCCAUAUUGACUAAACGGCUUGACCGAUUUUCGAAAAUGAGGUAUCGUUGGAAAGCUCUUGAUGGCCCCUACAACAUAUCAAAAUUUCAGCCUCCUAGCUAUAAUAGCGGCUGAGAUAUAGCGAAAACAAAAUUUUGAGGUUAUUCAAAAUGGCGGACGGGGGGGUGGGGGGUAAAAUUUGACGUCAUAAUCGGACGUCUUCCGGUCGAUAUUUAAACUUUGCCGUUUACCGCAAGUCUCUAUCUAUCACCGUUCUCUCGCAAUUUAGCGAUUGAUUCCGGACGGCCGGACGGCCGGCCGGAAAAAAAAUUUUUUGGCGCAUACGUUUUUUGGAAUGUGGGGACCCUAAUUCGUGCUCAUCCCAAGUUUGAGCCCGAUCUGACGACUUUCGAUUUUGCUCGGUACACAAAAGCUGUGUCUGAAAGAAACACAGCUAAAACAUGAUAUUGCUUACGUAGGGAAUCUUGUGGUUGUUUACGCUUUUUUUCUUAUUUUUAUGACAAAAAAAAUUAAAAAUAUUUUCAGCUAUUUAAAGCUGGAUAAAAUUAAUGAAGAAAAACAAAACUUUUAUGUUAUCCCAGUUAAUUUAUAUUAAAAUAUUUAUAUUAAAAAAAAAAAGAAAAUAUAAAA